GAUGCCUGUGCCUUGGUGAUGAGCAAAAUUUUAGAAGGCAUCCAGAAGAAUGAAUCUGCCAAAAAUAAAGCCAGUGAAAAACUUGUGAAUGUCUCUGCAAGUGCCUCCACCCAAGCUCCAGGGUUCACUGCAGGCUUGGUUAUUGAUGGAAGGGCGUUAGAGCAUCUCCUUCAUGACAGCCUACAGAAUACUUUCUUGGAGCUCACAGGAAAAUGUCGGGCUGUAGUCUGCUGCCGAGCCACACCACUGCAGAAGAGUGUCCUGGUCAGACUGGUGCGAAAUAAGCUAAAGGCAACAACAUUAGCUGUAGGUGAUGGUGCCAAUGAUGUCAGUAUGAUCCAGGUGGCUGACACUGGCGUGGGGAUAUCGGGCCAAGAAGGCAUGCAGGCUGUGAUGGCAAGUGACUUUGCAGUCUCUCAGUUUAGACACCUCAGGAAGCUGCUGCUUGUCCAUGGUCACUGGUGUUACACCAGACUUACCAACAUGGUGCUUUACUACUUCUACAAGAAUGUGGCGUACGUGAACCUCUUGUUCUGGUACCAGUUCUUCUGUGGGUUUUCAGGCACAUCAAUGACUGACUAUUGGAUCUUGAUUCUUUUCAAUCUCCUUUUUACAUCGGUGCCACCCAUCAUUUAUGGUGUCUUGGACAAAGAUGCGCCUGCAGAGCUACUCAUGCAGCUCCCACAGCUGUACAUGAUAAGCCAGAAAUCUGUGGCUUACUUGCCUUCAGCUUUCUGGAUAACCUUGCUGGAUGCUUUUUACCAAAGCCUCGUUUGCUUUUUCGUGCCUUAUUUUACCUACUGUGGCUCAGACAUAGACAUCUUUUCUUUCGGAAACCCUAUAAACACAGCAGCGCUCUUCAUAAUACUGUUUCACCUUCUCAUUGAGUGCAAGUCUGUGACCUGGAUACACACAGUAGCUAUAGUUGGCAGCAUCCUGUUUUACUUUGUCUUCACUCUGGCUUUUGGGGCAACCUGCAAAACGCACAACCCAUCAUCAAAUCCUUAUUGGAUCAUGGAAAAGCACAUGACGGACCCGGUGUUUUACUUAGUUUGCCUCCUGACUACCUGUGUUGCUCUGCUACCCAGAUAUUUGCUGAGAGUUCUCCAAGGAACAUUGUUUCCAUCUCCAGUGUUGAGAGCCAAGCACCUUGACAGACUGACCCCCGAGGAGCAGAGGGAAGCAAUUAAGACACAGAGACACAACCGCAUUGUAAGCUGUAGAGUGGAGUUCCAGGCUACUUCUGGGUCUUCCAGCUCAGCCACAGGUGCUGUAUCAGAGGAAGAAAGCGUUGCCGGUGUUUUGCCAACCUCUGAAACGGCUUUUCAGGCCUGUUCAAGAGAUGGCUUGGUAGAGGACACCUCCUUCUUACCAGACAUUCAGGAUGGGUCUGGGAAUCCAAAUGGCUUGAACUCUGAAAAGACUGAUUUGUCACAGGAAACUAAUUCAGACGCAUGUGAUGGUAAUAACUCAUGUGCGAAAGUCUCUGUGUGUGCUUCUGAAGAGGGCAGCAGUGCUGUUUCUCUAGGACACAAAGCGGGUCUGAAUUCUGUUUUGUGUGAAGAAGAUGCUGUAAUGUAUUUUGCCAGGUUGGAACGCUGA